AUGAAUGCACUUCAUUUAGAUAAUGGAAGUACGGAAAAAGGGAUUGAUAAAGUGUCUAAUGUUAAUUUGGUCGUACCUGGUCCCGAGCAACCUUUUGUAGAAGGCAUUGAACUAACGUUUAGGAAGAUUGGGAUUUGUUGUUUUGGUCCAUCUCCAAAAGCUGCUAUCAUGGAAGGUUCCAAAACAUUUUCCAAAAAUUUCAUGAAAAGGCAUAAUAUUUUUACUGCCAAUUAUGAGGCCAAAGAUUUUUUAGAAUUGGUUACUUAUAAUGUAGUCAUAAAGGCUUCAGGUCUAGCUGGAGACAAAGGCGUCCUAAUCCCUACUGAUAAACAAGAAGCUUUAGAUGCAUUAAAAACAAUAAUGGUUGAUAAAGUAUUUGGAUCUGCUGGCAACGAAGUUGUUAUUGAAGAAUUUCUUGAAGAUCACAAGCGAAUUUUUGAUGGGCCUAAUACUGGUGGAAUGGGUUGUUAUUGUCCUACUCCAAUUGCAACGCCAGAACUUAACGCAAAGCUAAAGAAUACAAUUAUUAAACCUACUAUUGAUGGCAUGAGACGUGGUGAGUAUAACGUACGUUUUGGUGAUCCGGAAACCGAAGUUGCUUUACCACUUUUAAGUGAUGAUUCUGAUUUGGCUGAAAUAAUGCUGGCAUGCGCUGAAGGGCGAUCAGAUUCUGUUCAAAUUAACACAAAACCUAGCUUCGCAGCUGCUGUUGUCAUCGCCUCUGGUGGUUAUCCCGUAAGUUAUCAAAAAGGAAAACAAAUUUUUAUUGAAAAUAUUCAUUCUGAAACGUUGGUUUUUCAUGCGGCAACUAGCAUAAAUGACGGUCAACUUGUUACUUCCCGGUGGUCACGUGUUUGCAGUAAAUGUAUUAAAAUGAUUCAAUUUGAAAAUAUGAUUUAUCGAAAAGAUAUUGUUCAUCGUGCUUUCCCAUAUUUGUCUCAAAAGCCUGCAGAAAUGACAUAUGCAUCUGUUGGUGGAUUUGGUGGCAUUUUCGAUUUGAAAGCUGCAGAGUUUAAUGAUCCUAUUUUGGUAGCUACUACCGAUGGUGUAGUAACUAAAUUGAAGAUCGCACAGGCUGUCAACAUCCAUAACACUAUGGGUAUUCAUUCAAAUGGUUUUUCAUUGGUUCGAAAAAUUAUUGAUAAAUAUAACCUUGGAUAUGAAUCAACUUGUCUGUGGAACUCAAAACGUGAAGAAUUACUUACACCAACAAAAAUUUAUGGUCUUGUAAAAGCAAUGUCACAUACAACGGGUCGAAGUUUUGUGGAUAAUAUACCCAAUAGUCUUUCCUGA